UCGAGAGAGAGAGAGAGAGAGAGAGAGAGUUAACAGGGGAUCCAUGGAGCGUGUCACAGUACAAGUGUUUUCUAUGUCUUCUUGUCCACGAUGCACUUUAGGAUUGCAAUAAGAUGCGUGUGUGUUUCCAGAUAAUCAGUUUCUUCCUCUCGGUAAACUUUUACUGCCAGCCGCUCCGAGCUCAGGAUCCCUCCUGCUGCCACCAUGCUGCCGAACUCUCGCCAUGCAAAGAAGCUUGUGACCAGCUCGCUACGAUAAAGAGUGAGUCACGUCUGAAGCAUCUCCUCCAGAGGUUACCUGGUUACUGUCCAGAGUCCAUGAAUGAACUUUGGCAGUGCAUCAACUCUACACUUCCAGGUGUAUCCAGGAAGUCAGAUGGAUGGGUGGGGCUGGGCUGCUGUGAGCUGGCUAUUUCAGCUGAGUGCCGCAGGGAAUGCAAACAGGCAUCUUCUAAAAAUGACAUAACAAAAGUAUGCAAAAAAGUUACAGAGACCUCCCUCUACAGCUGCAUCUCCAAAAAUGAAAUGGGCUCCACGUGUUGCAGCUAUGCUGGGCGCCACACCACCUGCAGGGAGUACUGCCAGGCCAUUUUCAGGACCGACUCCACCCCCACCGUGUCCCAGAUCAAUGCUGUCAAAGAGUACUGUCAGAGUCACAGUGCUCAGCUGCUCAGCUGUGUCACCAACUUCACCAAAUCUUAUCCCAUACGCAGCCCCAUAGACAGUCUGUACUGCUGCGAUCGGGCCGAGGCCACAUACUGCCAGGAGGCAUGUCGGCGGAUCCUUCGCACCAUGAGCACAGAGCACGAGAUCAUGGAGGGUCUGAUCGAGGAGUGUGGCUCCCAGCCUCUCCCUCAGGAGCCCAUGUGGCAGUGCUUUUUGGGUGGCACACGUCUCCCUUCCCCACCCCAAGAAGAAACCCCCCACCCUGCUAAGAUGGACUGUGCCAAGCUGCACUGCUGCUCGAAGGCGAACACCUCCCUCUGCAGGGACAAGUGUCAGGAGAUCAGCACUAACUGGGGCAGUCAGACAUGGCAGGACUUUGACCAGCUCUGUGAGUACAACCCUGUGGAGACGGAGCUCAUCAACUGCCUGGCUGAUAUUAGAGAGCCUUGUCAGCUCGGCUGCAAAGACCUCACCUACUGCACCAACUUCAACAACAGGCCGACAGAGCUGUUCCGCAGCUGUAACGUCCAGUCAGACCAGGGCGCCAUGAACGACAUCAAGCUGUGGUCAAACGGCACCAUCAAGAUGCCGUUUAUGAACAUUCCCGUGCUCGACAUCAGGAAGUGUCUGCCGGACAUGUGGAAGGCUGUGGCCUGCUCUCUGCAGAUCAAACCCUGCCACAGCAAGUCCAGAGGGAGCGUCAUAUGCAAGUCUGAUUGUGUGUACAUCCUGACUGAGUGUGGGGACAGAAAACGUUUCCAUGAAGACCAAACUCCAGAGAGGAUCUGCGAGCUGCUGACACCCAUUGAUGACCCUGAACGCUGCAUUCCUCUCGACAGAUACCUCAUCCCCAGUUCCCUUGGCAACAGCAUCACUGAGGAGGUCAUCCACCCAUGCAACCCCAACCCCUGCCCCAGCAACCACUUAUGUCAGGUCAACAGGAAGGGCUGUCUUGAUGAGCUCAACUGCCAGCCGUACCUCUGUGUCCCAGGCUGUAAACUGGGUGAGGCCUCAGAGUUCCUGGUCCAGCAGGAUGCUCAUAUACAGGUACCAACUCGCACCGGUCCAGUUGGGUGCUAUGAGGUCUGCAGCUGUGGUCCCAGUGGGCGUCUGGAGAACUGUGUGGAAAUGCCAUGUGUGGACACUAACAAGCCCUGCAUUGUAGGAGGGCAAAGGAAGAGUCAUGGGUCAUCCUUCAUGGUGGACUGCCACACCUGCUCCUGUUUCGCUGGUGACACCAUCUGCUCCACACGUGAGUGUCUCAGCUACAACAGCGCUGACGAGGACCGCCGACUUUUUACUGGUCUACCUUGUAACUGUCCGGACCGUUUUGUCCCCGUUUGUGCCUCCAACGGACGGACUUACCCCAGUGCCUGUGUGGCUCGCUGUAUGGGAUUUAAGGACCAUCAGUUUCUGUUCGGCGUGUGCCGCCUCAGUAACCCCUGUGCUAGCAAACCCUGUCAGAGAAACCAGAGGUGCCUGCCAAAGUAUCGUGUGUGUCUGAGUGACUCAUCAGACUGCCCACAGUACCAGUGUAUAGGUCGUCCAGGAUCCUGCGAUAAGAACAGCGUGGAGCCGGCUUGUGACACUGACGGCCUGGUCCAUACUAAUCUGUGCCAUCUGCAGCAGGCUGGGAAAACCCUGGCCUACAUGGGCCACUGCCAGGAUGCUUGUAGGAAACCUCAGCAAGUCUGCGGCCACAAUGGUGAGACUUACAGUACGGUGUGCGAUGCCUUCGCUGACCGCGUGGCUGUGGAUUACGAGGGCUCCUGCCAUGCCGUGGGGGCUGUGUCUGACAUGGCUCCUGACUCUGCGUGUAGUGGGAUACCCUGCCCUCCUUUGUCUACUCCAGGCUGCCUGCCAGUCACCCCACCUGGAGCCUGUUGUCCAAUAUGUGCCAGCAUGCUGCAGAUCCUCUGGAACAAAGAGCAGAUGAACACAUUCUCCAAGCUGAAUAAGAACCAGCCAGUGACGGUGCAUGACGUCCUACAGAUCCUUCGGCUUCAUGUCUCAGUGCCGCAGUGCGACGUCUUUGGAUACCUGAGCAUCGACCAUGAGCUUGUCGUCCUCAUUGCUCCGGUGGAUCAGCAACCAACACCACUUCAGAUCGAAGCCUGCAGCAAGGAGGCCGAGAAGAUUGAUUCCCUCAUCAACUAUGCCAGCCCAACUCUGUUCUCUCAUGUCCCUCUCUCCGCCUUCCUCACCUCUGAGAUCAGAACCUCCUCCAUCCACUCCGCUGCGACUGCCCAGACUCCAACUCUGUCCCCUGGACUGUGCCUCCUCCUGGGCUUCCUCACGGCCACAAUGUCCCCUGUCCUUCACCAACUCUGAGUGCCUUUAACCCCCUCCCUAAAAACUCUUGAAUGUUCCCAAAGAUUCUCCCCCUUCUCCCAGGAUGACAGGGGUGUCUGGAGGUGAGUGUAUAUAGAGCAGGGAGAAGCAGCGGCGACAUCUUUCGACAAUCAUUCCUAUCGACUCACCUGCGUGUCAAACAAUCAAGAUGGUGGAAAAGCUAUUAACGUUGAAAGCUUUUGUAUGAACAGUAUUAUCCAGUGGCCGAGUUACUCUCCGGGUUUCUCUCCACUGAAGUGUUUAAGCGUGUGUUAAGUGUGGAUGCGUGCGUGACCUUUAAGAAGCAUCAACUUCGUACCAGCAGUGUUUAUCCAUUAGUUCCAGCAACAAGCUCUCCUCUGAAAGCUGUUGAGUGGGAAUGUAAAUUUCAUGACUCACUCUGUCUUAUUUAGAGGCUUUGUACAAGUGGGUUUUUUUGUGUUUGUGCAUUUGUGUGUGUCUGAUUAAGUUACAGAGACAGACAAGGACAAAACAUCCCAGUCUGGCAGAACAUCUGUCUGAUAAAUUACACAGAAUUCCCUCGGCCACACACAUUUUCAUACACACUCAUAAACAAAGAUUGGUGUUGCCACAUUCAGACUCCUCAGUUUCAAGUCUCUGUAAAGCAAUAUUUUACUUAUUUAUACAACAAUAGGCUGACUUAUAAACCACUAGGACACAAUUCUGCAAAAUUAAGUUUAAAAAUCGGGAAAAAUGAAGCAGUACUAUCUGCUCUUGGAUGCUGUGGAUGUGCCUGUUGAAUGUGCUGAAGCUGUGCCCAAAUGCAGGAAAAAUAAGCCUUUCAACCUUCAAAAAAAUUCAUACAGCCUGACAAUUUAGAGCGUAUCUGUCUGCUCUACUGGACCUGUCAGCUCUCUGUUUGAGCCGCCAAAACAACAAUCAAAUCCAUGUUAUGACAGGCACAUAGUUUAGUGCUAUAAAGAGAGUUUCAUUCAGUUAUCUCACAUGUAAACACACAUUCAUGCCUCCUAAAUUUUAAGUUUCUAAGUUUGAAGUUUUGGUUCUCUCCUGCAUUAGCAUUUCCUACAUCUGAGUUGUUCUGAGUUGCUGUUUAUGACACCCCAUUUUUUUGAUGCUGCUCCUUCCUAAUAUCGGAUUUCAUCAACAUAAAAAGAAGGGACAUUAGUCAAAGUCUUUGUUGGAAGACAUAUGGAGGAGGCCUGGCUCUGGCAGAGUGGGAAAGGCAGGCAGGAUUAAGUAUUAACAGUGUGCACAAAUAGCUGGUGAAAUAGUUUUUUAAUCUCUUGAGAUGCUGUAUGUAAAAAUGAGGACAUUAUAUUUUGGCUGUCUUACAAGAAAGUAAUGAAAUCUGCUAUUAGAAUUUUUGAGUUAAUAGUUCAGAAUUUUCAUUGAAGUUUUAAUAAUUUGCUUUGGGGAAAUUGCUUUAAAUUGACAGGCAUUUUCGUGGUAAUUUUUUUUAAUAUGUUUGUAUAAUUUGGAAUAUUUUAUUUGAAUUUUAGGAUGGGUUUGCUCUGAAAUGCGUAGAUAUUUUUUGUGGGAAAUUGGGGGAUUUAUUGGUGGAUAUUUGGGAAUUUGAUUUUGUGAGAGUGAAUAUCUUUUAACAUUUUCCUAAAUUUUCAUGGAUAUUUUUGGGGCUUUAUUUGUAAAUUCUUGGCAAAUAUCUUGGAAAUUUUGGGUUGUAUUUGCUUUCGAAUUUAAGGGAUUUUCAUAGAAUUUGUGGUGAAUUUUUUUAUUUAAAUCUUUUGGCUUUUUAAAGAAAGUUUGACGAUAACAUUUGGGAAAUAUUUUCGGAAAUUUGUUUUUCUGUGAGAUUUUUUAAAAAAGGAGAUGUUUAAGAAUUUCACAGUUUUUUUUUUGUUUUUUUUUUGCAGUGUCUUGGAAAAACUUUUUGUUUUUCAUCUCUAGUAAUUUAGAUGGAAAUUUUCCAGGACCUCCGGAACUUUUUGUUGAAAUUUAGUCCAUACUAGGCACUAAAUAAGUUCUUGUGGUCCAUCAUGAGAAAAAUUACACCCCCCAUUUUUAGCAUUUUAAGAACAAAUGUUUGGGAAAAUGACUACCUACAAGUAAAGAAUAAUAAUUGUUUUACUUAGCAGGUCCUACUGACCCCAAGUAAGUGGGUGAAACUAAAACCGCAUUCCAAACAAGGGGUCAGGUCUCAGGAGGUUAAAGUAAUCAUGAACCUUUUUUUAUUUGAGGCCAACAAUCCCACUCUGUCUUAGCCGCCUGCCACUAAUAGCUACAGUAGUAGGUCUUAAUGACUACUGCCUUGCUACCACAGUGCUCUUAAACUCAAUAUGAACAACUACUUAUUAAUAGCCCCGAUAACAUUUCAGAGGAAUGGCACGGUCUAGCUAUAUUCUGAUCUAGAAAAUGGGGAUAAAGUCAGGUUAUGCCUACAUAUAUCUGAAACACUUUGUGAUAAUAUUCAGCUCAGGAAUGUGGACGUUAGCCUGCACAGAGGAUUGAAGACAGUCAGUGCUACCACUGCUAAUGUUAGCCACAUUAUGCUAACCAACUUCACACUGGUGUGGUGUGGAGUUGUUCUGCUGUUGUGGUGUGAAGUUUGUUUAAAGAAUGUGUAUACCUGACUGAAGACUAGUUCUUUAGGAAUACUCUCGUCACAUAUUUAAUCAUUUUAUUGCAAAAUGGAUAUGCAGUUUAACUAGGCGGAGAAGGCUCUGCUCAAAAGGUGUUUCCUGGGUUAGUCAAGCAGCAUGCUUUGACUCUCCAGGGAGGGCAUGGCUAGAGACCCCGAUAUGGAUAGAUACAUUUCUGACAAUGCAUAUGGAAUACAAUAAAAUUAGUUCAAAGUGAUUAAUCAACAGUAGCAGGAAUCUAAAAAUGAGGGUGCAACAAGCUUUAUGCCAUAAAGGAGGAGGCUGGGGUGGAGGAGGUGAAGCUUUGCCAGCAGCAGCAGCAUGGUGCAUCAGCAUCAAUGCAAGCAGGGAUUAGUGAGAAAGAUGUCAUACUUCAAUACAUAGCUGUGUUGAGAGAAAGAGCUGUGACUGGCUGUGGGAGCUGGGAGGCGAUAAUUGGGAUCAGCUUUCCAUCAGCUGAUCAUGGCUUAGCGCAUGACUACUGUGUCCUGCAUGAACUAAUGCUAAGCUUCAUUCAGGCUCUCUUUUACCCACCCCAAAAAAAGUAAACCUGAUAACUUUUUACCAUCUAAUUGAAUUAUUUUACUCAGACACAGAAACUUUAUUCCAACAGAUAUAGAGGUGUUUGGAGAAAUAUUUCUGGUAUCGCUUUACAGAGACUUUAACUCAUUAAUCAGAUGGAGUCUGAUCAUUUAGGGACACCUCAGUAAAGCCUUUAGUAAAUUAGUAAAUAAAAUGCACAGCCUAUAGCACAGUGCAUCUUGUAUAUAGAUAUACAGUACAUGUGAGGUGUAUAUGGACCUAUAGUGUUUUAACCUCAAACCUCAGCAGUGUUAGCACCAUGCUCAUAUACUGAGCCAGCUCAGAUGAAUCUAAUCCAGUCUCCAAAGUUGGUUGUUACUUCCUUACUGACCAAACAAAGUGCAGAGAAGUCAGUCAUGAAGUAUUCAUAGAAAGGGAUCCAUGCUCUGUGGUGUUUUCCACAAUGGUGAAGUAAAGCUGAACAGAGCUGAAACUGUGAUCGAGGAUCUAAAAAGAUGUCAAACCUGGAGACAUAAAACUUUCACACUGAGCAAUCCUAGUAACACUUUUAUCUGAUGUGGUUCUACAAAAGAAGGACACUGAAAGUACAGACAAAAGAAACUGGAAAUGGAAAAAAUACUGUCCUUGACUGCUGAUAAUAGUCCAAUAAAAUAUGCUCAAGGUUAUGUUAUCAUGGUAGAUGUGAUAGAUAUGAGACACUAUGUCUUAAAGUCAGCAGUACAAAUCUCAUGAUAACUUUACCGUCGCAGAGAAGCCUGCAAAAGCAAGACACAUUCCAGAUGAAACAAAACGGCACCAAUAAGAGGAAUGCGUCAACUUUAGAGACGCAAUCAAAAGACUGAAUGAACUUCAAGAAGAGAAACACGAUGCAAGUGACAAAACGCUCUCCAAGGAUCAAAAACAAAUUCAUGAACAGCAAAUGCACUCCUAAUACAGAAAUCACUCCACACUCAAAACGAUCCUAAUCCAAAACGUGCUUCAAAACCAGAAACUUCAGAAAGCUCCCAGCCUUCAGGGGGCUCUCUUGCAGGAAGAGCAAGAGGGAAAGACAGUCAGAUAGUUUUAAAGUUCAUUCAGUCUUUUGAUUGUGUCUCUAAAGUUGAAGCGUUCCUCUUAUUGGAGCCAUUUUGUUUUAUCUGGAAUGCGCCUAUCUUUUGCAGGCUGUUUGCCCUUCCUGGCCACCAUUCAACUUAGUCUACAGCAUGUCUACAAAGCCAAAUGCUAACAGAAUAAAUGACUACGGAUGUCUGUUCAGUUUCACCCUUAAGCCUAACAACCCCCUCCCCCAAAGUAUGAACUCUGCAUGAAAAGGCAGUGAGGGUCUUCCAGGUUCAUCUUUGCUACUUUUAUGGCUUUUAUGUGAUAAGAAAGGCCAAUAUUUUUCAAGUCAAAACCAACAAUACUUUUGUGGAUGCCAAACCAACAUACCAUCACUAAAGUUAAAAUAGACUCAAUUAAAUAUAAAUGGGAUAUUUAUAAGUGAUUUGUCAUGAGUAAACUGAACUUUCUCAAGAAAGUUGCAGAUGGCGUUAGAGUUUGCAUCAAUGUAUCAUAACACCAUGAAUAAAACAUGUGAAUAAAUUGGGGCUGAAAACUUGAAGCUUUAAAUUCUCAGUGGAGGAACACUUGUUGAUUUCAGUUUAUAUCAGAACCAAUCAGUGUUCCAGCUAACACGCAUAUAUUUUUUAUUUUUAUUAAUUUAAAACUAAUCAAUUUGCUUCUCUGGACUUGAUAUUGAUAUGAGGGGUUUAUAUGAAAGAGGACAAGGUUGCUGCAUUUUCUCUUACCUUCCUUUUAUCCCUGUUCUUUUAAUUUAAGUUCAUCAGAAGGUAACAGUCUCUGAUUCUACAGCCCUGUAAUCACAGACAUAUGCAGCCUGUGAGAGGGAUUUUUAAGCAGAUAUUGCUCUGCUCGAAAAGGUCACAAGCAAACGUAAGAGAGAGCUAAAGCAUUUAUAAAAAUAGCAAGUCAUUUUUACGCUGCUUUCAGCAGCGUAAAAAUCUGAAAAGCAUUUAAUGCAGUAGCUCAGCCAACGUUAUUACUUUAAAAGUUCUUUUAUAGUCAAAUGAAAUAAACCAGAACAAAAAGCUGCCUCAAAGGAAGGAAGAGUUGAAUGCAAAAUACACCUUUUCAGGCUUUUUUAGCAAAAAUAUGUGCCCCCGGCCUGUCCACAGUCCCUCCAAGAAUUAUAAUCCCCUCCUCCUCUUUCUCCACCUUUCAGAAAAAUGUGUGCUGAAUCAAGCCGUUCUCAGAUUUUCCCCUCACGAUGUCAUGUGGGGAGUUAGCACCGCCCCCUAGGUUCAGUUGGGCCCUCCCCGUAUGGCAAAAAGUUCCGCUCUGCCACAUCCAUUUCCUGUGAGGGGCGUGGUCAGGAGCAGUCAGACAGCUCAUUAAAGUUUAAAAGCCACAGACACAGAAACAGUUCGUUCUGAGCAGGGGUGAAACAGAGGGGUUUAUAGACAUGCAAAAAUCCAAUACUGGAGUGUUUUUUUCAGCAACAAACUUCACAGGCAUGUUUUGGGGACCUCUGAGACCAAUAUGAACUUGUCUUAAAGGGGUAAAAUUGGAUUAAAUAAUGUAGCACACUCAAGAACCUCUCUAGUGCAUAGAGGACUGGGGCUUCAUCUCCUAGUUUCCAACAUGCACAUAAGCACCAGCCAGCUAAAUACUGAGAGCAAAGUACGGUAAAAACAUAAACCAGUGAAGCUAAUCCAGAGAAGCAUGAUUUAAAAGUCCCUAUCGAGCUUUAAUCUUGCCUUCAGCAUAUUUAGUCUGACAGUUAUACGUCCUUUUUAGCUCAUCGGCCUAAUUAAAGGGAAUGCCAUGUGGAGAAGCUGACAUAUCAUAAAUGUUUUCUACUGUGUGGAGAAGUAUCCAAAUCUUUUGGGCUUAAAAACACUCCCUGAUAAGAAUUUCUGUUGUGUAAGGCUCAUUCAGUUUUCCUAUUUUUACCCCCACCUGUCUUCAAGUACCUGAUAUGCCAUCAGUAGUUGAUGCCAUUUAUGUAAACAGACAGAUGACAAUACCAGACAUUUCUAUUAUGAAUAUUUUUUUAAAUGCUCCUUCAAAAAAAAGGACCAUAAUGCAUUGAGAGAACACAGAGUUAGUAUGCCUCUAUUUGAAAGGCAAUGUACCCCUAACACUUCACCCUUCUGCGUCAUUCCAACUAGAACCUGGAUUUUCUACCCCAGACAUGAUCACAACAAAACACAGGGAUAGAAUUUAGUGGUGGGGAAAGGGGUGUAUUGGGACUGAGCCUUUGAUUGCCCCUAGACUUCAUCAUGGACUAGCUGGCUGCUCUACCACAAAUUCUCCCACCGUUCCACCAUAAGGCCCAUUUCUUUUUCAAAGUUGUCCAGUCAACCUGAACCAGGUCUGAUCCAAACUGCCGACGUUGGCUGAGGGUUAUAAAACAGCAGUGAAGUCCAUAAUUCAGCCAGGUGUCUCUUUUUAUCAACACAGCAGGAAAGCAACUGUGUUUGUGUAAGCAUAUCUAAAGUUCUGUAGCAAGUCCAGUUAAGCAUCGUUUUAGCUGCGUCCGCCGUUGCUAUGGAAACAGAAGUAAUGUCACACACACCAGUGACGUCAAACAGAGGAGAAACGGAGAAACGGUGUGAGUUUUCAAAAAAGUGUUUACAGUGACCUAAAAUGAAUUUUGACUCACGGGGAAAAACUACCCACCUUCAUGUGGACAGGGCCUCAGUAAGAAUAUUAAAUACAGCAUGUGAAUAAAAGCCUAAAUUAUUCAGACAAAUAUAUUUAAAAGAUAGUAAUUGAACUUGGAAUACUAAAAACAAACAGUUAUGACUUCUCAAAGCCAAAAUUCACGUACUGGUGCUACCUCAGAAAUGUCUCAUAAAGCAAAUACAAUAACACACAGGAGCAGAGCAGAGACAAUACUCUGCAGCAGUGAAUUUAUACAAGACAUUCAUGCUCUGCUAAAGCAAAGCGAGUGUAGGAAUACAUAAAUUAAGUCUAAGUCCAAGGCAUUUUGUGCCCUUUAUUUGGACUGGUGGGGGGUUGUGUUGGAGUGGAGUAGCACUGAAAUGCAGCACCAAAAUCUUUGUUUUGAUUCGGUUUAGUAGGUAUCAAAUGUUAGUACCUGUGGCACGUUGGUACCAGACUUUGGUACUCAUCCAUGAGUAGGGAUGGAGAUGGAAACCCAGGUCCUUUAAGAUCCGGUCACUUUUUGAACUGUAACACCAAUGAUAUUUUCAGUACUUUAACUGGUUGAAAUGUUGACUUACACCACUGAAUGUAUCAGUCCCAGCAAGCUCCAUUCCAAAGUUACCUGUUUCCUUAAAGCCUUGUUUGCUCUACACACAGUAAAGUUGGUUCAACGAAGCUAACUUCAACAAGCACCAGAGAUGUUUUGGUAAAAUAACCUCUGACUGUUAACUGUAGUUAGACCUUCAAAUGUUGUGGCAUCAUGAUCCAUUAAGUUGGUGAGUGGAUGCAGAAAGACUGCAACUCAAGUACAGAAAAAAGGAAAUAAAUAAAAAAGAAAUAAACACAGGAUCUUCUGUUGUACUGAAAUACAGACAUGUUCAAAACUGUCAGCCAAGAAAAAGCUUUCGAAAAGAUAAAGAAGGAACAUUAUUGAUGCCACAGACACCACUGACUGCUCACUUUAAUUUAGAUCCCAGUGCUCCUAUAAUGUGAUUUUAUGGACUGUUUAUUUGGCCUUAUAAAACAGCAUCUUCAUCUGCGUACACUCUAUUAUGCAUCCUCAGACUCCUAACCCAAGCUCACUGAAAUAGUUUACAACUGAGCAGUAAAUUCAUCACUUUUAAAGAUUUGCAGCGAUCGCCACAUCUGAUAAAAAUGUCACCAGGACGUUCCAGGUGAAGGUAAAUCAUCAGAUAAUCUUAGAUCCCCUCCCUCUGCGUGAGGCCAGUAGCUCUGAGAAGCAUUAAGGGGAUGCUUCCUGUCUGUACAUAUGAACUAGAAGCCAUUCAAUAACAAAAGGACAAUCACAUAGUUGCUACCCUCAAUCCUCUUUGGGUAGAGAUGAUUUCCACAGUAUGCCUUUCAUGUAAUGUCUUAUAUGAAGUAAUAAUGAAAAUGCAAUAACUUUAUAUUUGUUAAGGAAUAUCUCUAUAUUUGAUAUGUACCUGAUUGAGAUAAUGAUCACCUAUGUGCCAUGUUUUUAUAUAUAUAACAGAUAGCUGUUAUUCUUAUUGCAUGAUGACAAUUAUGAAGUGUUUUUACUCCAGAAUGUAUUAUAGUUUGUCUUGUCUGUAUGUUUGUCUAUCUGCCUGUACAGCACAAUGUGUCCCCGUCUCUAACAGUAUUACUGUGCUAGGCAGCUCUGUAGCAGGGAACCCUCACCACGGCUCCUCCAUCUAGUACUAUUUGUAUUAUUAUUAUUUUAAUUAUUAUAAUUAUGUUGAUGUUUGUGACCAAUGGAGCCAGCAAAAGUGUUUUUUUCUUGUCAAGGUUUUGUAAGUCUUGAGUGUUUAAUUUGAUUUCAUGUUGCAUAAGAAGAGAGAACACGGGGUGAAAGACUUCAAACUGCUUCUGAUGAAUAAUUUCUCAGCUGAAAAGAAAGAACAAAAGUUUGAGACACGCAACUUUUCUCUUAAAAGCAAGAGAGGAUCUAUACUUAUAUCAUCAGUGUUACAGCUCUUCUUUCAACACAGAGACAUGAAAUCGAAGCCCAUGUUCUCAUUUCAUCCUCAGAGAAGAAUCUCUGAAUGUGUUCAAAUUUGAUCCCUCCCCGCACUGCAACAUGUUUGUACUCCUGACUCGUCAAAUACAACCACGUAUUCAGUGGCUUCAUGCUUUGAAAUAUAUCAAUCCAGGUGCUCUGCCAGUGUCAUUUUUGCACAUGUAAGGCUCUGAAUUAAAGUUUCAGAUAACAGGUUCUUUGUAGAUGACUUCAUGCAGCAGCAGCAAGCUACCAAUGGGAGGCAAGAAAAGAUUUUGCAUGGAAUAAAGCUACUAAAAAGGCCAUAUUUUCAGCUGUUCACGACUAUGCCAAGAGUUACAAGAGCGGAAAUAAAAACUUUAUUCUUAAGCUGUUAUUGCAUCCUGAAAGUACAGAAAUAAUCAGGCAGAAAAGGUUUAAAAACUCACAGUGAAACAGCAUUUGGGAGGAAUUAAAAAGGCAUCAAUCUAAAGCAGGGGUGUCCAAACUUUCUAUUUGGAGCCACUCACAGAGACAAAUAAGGAUAGUGGGGCCACUUUCAUAUACCUCACCUUUAAGGAGUUUGAGGUGGCCAAUUAGAUUUCAGGGGGCUCUUGUCAGUCAUUGAUACCACUGGCCCUGUCCCUGGAUCAUCAUUGGGACUGCUAUUUGCUGUCAUGAUCUAUCAGGGUGUUAUAAAUCAAGAUAUUGUUAUUUUGGUUGCCAAUAUAUUUACCAUUUACGGUGUUGUCUCAGUUUAGUCAUGAAAAAAGCACUGCUUUGUGCUGAAACUAGGAAGAAUAAUGUAGUCUAGUAGAAGCUUCAAGCUCCAAUGUGGACCAUAUUUCGUUUAAUUUCAAGAAUUUGUUGAGAGCCAGUCAAAAAUGGCUCCAGGGUCAUAUUUUGGACGCCCCUGGUCUAAAGCCUGGACAAGCAGUGGCACACAACACUCACUUAUGGUCCAGUCUGGUUCAGUUCAGUACAGUUUUGCCAUGGUUUAGCAUGGUUUAGCCUGUGUUUCCUCAGCUGUUGCCGUCCGGCCUCCAUGCUCUGCGUUUGGUACCAAAUGUGGAUUAAAUAACAGCAAAGGAUGGAGGAAAGGAAACUGGCACUCAAAUGGGAGCUAGCUACCAUGGCUAACAUUUAAGGGCUGUUUCUUAGUACAGGCUAGUUCAUGAAUGGCACAGUACUCGGUUGCUUACCCCACAAGGUUUAUUCAGUAUAGUAUGUCACCGUUUGUGACAAAAUUAUGAUUUUUAAUAUGUUAAAGGGGCUCAGCUGCCCUCUUAGCUCAAUGCUAGACUCUGGCUAGACAAUGCUAGAUGCUAGGAGGUCUGCAGGACUGAGUAAUUUAUACUGAUCACCUCCACGCCAGAUAAAUCCAUUAAACUGUAGGGGGAAAAAGUUGUAAAAUGUAGGGAUCCAACUCAAUGUACUUACUGUCCUACAUUCACUUUUAUCAGGUGUCCCCCACUUCUUCCCCCCAUGGAGCAUUAGGAUUGUAAACAACCUAUAGCUGUAUUAAACCAAAUUAGAUUUCAAACAACGGAUGUAUCAAGCAGGGAGAGUAAACACGUUUAAAGUGUUUUACGGAGCAAAACACUUAAAUGAGGCCAGCUUUGCAAAACAGCUGUUAUUUGGUUGUGUAGGCACAAAACUCCCUGGCUAGGUCCGCUAAGGCUGGCCACACGCUUGUCCAAUUGGAAAUGAUUUUGAAAACAAGGGAGACUGCAGACUUAAGGACAGUUUCAAAUGAUUUUUCCUGUUAUAAUUAUGCAAGCACACUCUAGACCAGUGGUUCUCAGCUGGCCAGGCUUCGGGGCCCUUCUUCAGUAAUUUUGAACCAAAUUUCUGAUACUUUUCAACUAUUCAGAUUUUUGUUAUAAAAAAUAAUACAGUUUGGACCUCAUGCAAUAUAAAAUAUAUGAAAAAUCAAAGAGACGUGGACGUUUUGGUGCAAUGUUUGUUUCCAGGAACACAUUCAAGACCCACUGAAAAGGGCUCCAUGACCCGCUUUUGGGUCCAGACCCUAGUUGAGAACUGCUGCCUUUGACGACUCAGUCAGACUGUGUUACCACACAUCUCCCGUCUGUUGUGAUUCCCUAUACACGAGAUCUCGUAGACUCUCCUGUGACUUCAGAGAUAAAACAAACAUGGAGGAUGCCUGAAAUCCUCAGCUGUCUGCUGUGCUUGCAUGCACUACAGCUGCGGCUGCAGCAAGAGUGUGUGAAAUCCCAGCUGAGAUGGAGGUAAAGCUGUGUGUAAUGCUAACAACUUGGCUCACUGCACUCUUUUUUAUCAGUGUCAGCUUUUUAUUCAACGGUACUUCUAAAUGAUACACUGAGAGAAUAGCAAAAUGACGCUGGAGGGGCUCCAAAGAUGGAUUAUUUUAUUGAAAGCUGGGCCACAUUCCUGCUGUUUUUGAAGAGCUGAGAGUGAAAACAAGCUGUCAGGUUUAAUAUUUUAUUAUGCAGUCCUUAGGAAGCCAUGACAAACAGUAUUCUAAGCAGGACGCUCACUUGUUUUCAGUCUGUUUCUGAAUUAUAAUUGAGGUAUUAUAGAGCGGUAUGACUGGACUGAUCAGCUGUACUGAGCAUGUGACCUUCAGACAGCCUGGAGCAGUCAGUCCAACAGCAGAGCUGUUUUUUACUGUUGUCACUUUGUCUUUGUUUUCAGCUAUGUGAAGAUUGAUUCUGUUUUACCAAAUCAUCUAUGGUUUGUAUGCUCAUCCAGUGUUGUCCUUUCCUUUUAUCAUUACUGUUUGACUCUGUAAAAAUGCCAGGAAUUUCAAAACGAAAGAAUUCAACAGGAUGCAUAUUUCAUGAAAUAUAAAAAUGCAAUACC